AUGGCAACGUCGGCGACGGCAGAGAGCGGGAUGCAGGCCGCAGGCGGGCGGCACCGCAACUCGCGGUGGGAAGAGUUGACGGUGGCAGAGGUUCUGGGGCGGAGCGAGCCGCGGGUGGGUGCCGGGGUGGGCGCUUCCGGGUGGCUGGGUGAGGUCCGCAAGGCGGUGGCCGGUAUGGGCCCUGGCGAGGCGGUGCGGUUCUUGGUGGGCGCGCUGACGCGGGCAGGGAGCUUGCCGCGGUACCCGGAUCGGCAGCCGGAGCGAGCAAAAGUGUUAGACUACAUGGAGCGGUCGUUGCGGUCGCUGCUUGGUGGAAUGCUGAUCUCGUCGCCGGCAGCGUCGGCGGGCGCUUACGCUGCGCUCAUCGAGGCAUGCUCGUCGGCGUACACGGCGCAGCGGGUGCUGGGUGGCCUGGCAGCUAGCUUUGGCGGCGACGGCGGUGAAUGGGACGCAAUGGUGCUAGCGAUGAUGGACACGCUCGGGGCGACGAUUGCAGGCACAGUGGCGCGCGGACGGGCGAGCCCUGCGACGAGCACAGCAUUUGCUCAGCCGCUGCUACCGCUGUUGCGCGUGGCAAGCGCGGUGCUUGCAGCCUCCCCGCAGAGUCUGAAGGCUCUGGCGGCGAGCCCGUCGCUGCAGGUUGGCGGCGCCGACGAAGGGCGGAGCGGUGCCGAGCUCGAGCGGACGCUGGUGGUAGGCCCGUGGCUCGCGAUCGGCGCGCUUGAUCUUGUGGCGAUGGAAGUGGUGUUUGACGACGACGCGACAGGCGGCGGGCAAGCUGCACUGGUGUAUGGAUCGAUGGCGGCGGUCCGCGAGGGGACGGAUGCUGUGCUGGGUGAGGUGCGUGGGCUUGUGCGCAGCGUGCUCAAAGCCGACAAGGAUGCGGCGUUUGCCAUGCUCGAGGCGCUUGUGGCGGCCAACGCGCCGCGCGGGAGGAUCAUGGUCCAGGAUACAUCGGGAGUCUCGUCGCGGUCGCUCUGCUUCAACCUUGGGGCUGUGCUCACACGACUGUGCGAGCCGUUUGCGCGGGCGCGGGCGCGGGCGAGUUCGCACCUUGCCGAGGUCGACGGCAGCUUUGUGGCUACGAGCAGGAUGUUCAAGCUCGAAUCGGAGACGCUGCUCGCGGCGACCAACUCGGAGCUCGAGGCGUGGGUCGACGUCCGCAACGCGUCGCUGCAGGAGCAAUGGGCGCAUGCGCGCGAGGAGCUGGGCGCGGCUGCGCCGUCGCUUGAGGAGGCGAUGGACGAGGUGCGGGCCGGCGCUGGGCGGUACUCGGGGACGACACGUCUGUUUUUCCUCGGACUCCGGGCGCUGCAUCAAGGCCCCGUGGCGCUGAUGCGGCAGUACAUGGAGCUGUCGCAGCAGAUGUCGCGUGCGCGGCGGAAUGUGGACUUGAUGGAGGCCACCGGUGGCCGCGCAGCCCAAGUUCAGGCGGGCAAGGCAUUUCUGGCGCAGGCCAAGGCAAAGUGUCUCGGGAUCCAGGCGGUUGUACUCUUGCCUACCCUUGUUGACUCGAUGCUGGAGCUGUACGGGUACGCGGCCGAGUGGCUGGUGUCGCUUAUGGUCCUGGGUCCGGAGGACUCGCUUGAGGGACAGGGCGCGCUGGGCGAGGCGCUGGAGCAAGCGCAGUUCCCGCUGGGAGCGCCACACCCGCUGUUUGCGAUUCUGCCGGAGCACAUGCUAGAGGACGUGGUCGAGGUAGUCAUGUUUGUUGUCCGUGUAGGCGGGGCGGAGCCGCACAUGGCGCGGAGUGUGGUGCGGAUGCUCCCGCUGCUUAUGGUUGCGCUCGGGGCGCCGCGGCACGUCAAAAACCCGUACUUGCGGGCGCGGAUUGCGGAGCUGCUCUUCCUGCUCACACCGGGCAACGGGCGGACCGAGGUUUCGUUUGCGGGCGCAACGUACGAGGAGGUACGCGGUAGUGUGGGCAGGGCGUUUCCGGCGUCGUUGGUCGAGCUGUUUGUUGAGAUCGAGGCGAGCGGCGGGCACUCGUCGUUCUACGACAAGUUUUCUGUGAGACACCACAUUGCAGGCAUCACACUCCACAUGUGGCGGGUAUCGGCCGAGUUCCGGGCCGCCUUUGGCGAGUUUGCGGUCGGAGCCGGGCAGGCGCUGUUUGUCAAGUUUGCCAACGCGGUGAUGAAUGACGCGACGUUUGCGGUCGACGAGUCGAUCGGCAAGUUUGAGCGGCUCAACGAGCUGGCUGGGGCGAGCUCGGCCGAGGACAUGGCCGAGCUCGACCAGGUCCGCGGCUCGAUCCAGAUGUUCAUCGAGCUGGCGAACGACUCUGUGGGCAUGCUCGAGGUGCUGUGUGGCGGAAACGUGACGCGGGGCCUCCUGCUGGGAGCAGACGGACUGCAGUCGCGAGUGGCGCGGCUACUCAACCACAUGACGGCGCUGCUGCUGUCGGAGCAGGUUGCAGCGCUCCGUGUCUCGCGCGCCAACGAGAUCGACUUUGACCGGCGGUCGCUGCUGCGGUCGAUCGCAAUGAUGUUCGGGCAUAUGGGCCGUGAGGCGGUGUUUGUGGCAGAUGCCGCAGCCGACGAGCGCAACUGCAAGGCGGAGCACUACGCGGCGCUGGCGGAAAUGUGCCGGACCAGUGUGCUGCUUAACGAGAGCGAUAUUGUGGCGCUCGAGGCGGUGUUUGCAGCGAUUGUGGCGGCCAAGGUGGCGGGCGAGGCGGCGGCGGCAGCAAUGAGUGAGGCGCCGGACGAGUUUCUGGACGCGCUCACUUACGAGGUCAUGCACGAUCCGGUCCUCCUGCCGCAGUCGGGCAUGGUGUGCGACCGGUCGACCAUUGUGCGACAGCUGCUGUCGGAUCCGACCGACCCGUGGACCAAGACACCGCUCCGGGUGGACGAUCUGGUCACGCAACCAGAGUUGCCGCACCCCCCGUACAUCCCGAUGGACGACACUGCCGCAGCUGCCGCGGUGGUGGCCCACUUUGGCCUCGACGGCCCAUCCGGUUCCGAGCCAUCUCCGGUGCUCCCUGCCGAGGCGGAGGCCGAGUACCCGAGCCUUGGGCAGGUGCAGGGACUGGAGGAGGAGGAGCGAGAGCAGGUGCUGCUGCGGGUGUCUGGACAGGCGCUGCGGUGCCUCCGGUUCACCGCCAAGCUGCUGAGCGCAUGCCAGGCUGCGCUUGGCCUCCCGCACGACGCGGUGGAGGACGUGGUGGCGUCGGGCAUGACGCUCUCGGGCGACGGCGCCGACGUCUCGGCCGGCUUUGUUAAGCUCGGUCUCUGGCGCAAGAUCCGUAAGGUCUCGGCCAAGCUCGUUGCUUCUGCCGAGAAGGCUGCUGUUGCGGCGCCGGUGGCAGCAGUGGCGGCCGACCCGCUCCGCCCGCCCGUGGCCACCAACGACGAGUCCGGCGCCGAGGUGGCGAGCUGGUGGAUGGCGACGUUUACGGAGAUGUUUGGCGACGAGCUCGAUACCAUGCGUCUGGAGCCCGGCUUUAAUGCCAACUCGGUCUCGGUCCUGGUCGACUCUAUCCAGAAGCAGCUCGGGGUGGUGUCUGCCCCUGGUGCUGCCCUGUAG